AUGGCUCGUUUUGUUCGUCCUAAAGAGAUGAGCUCAAGUAGACGGUGGAAAGUAGUAAAACUUUUUAUUGUUGUCCUUUCGUUCAAAGUUAUGCAGUGGCCAUUUCAUCGAGUACUUCCCAAAGUACUCAUAGUUGAGGAAUACAGAUUACUUUACUCUCGAUGUUUACGCGUAGUAAGUCCUCGGUUUGGCCGGAGACGUGGAUCCAUGGAUGUGCCGCUCCUAGUUCACCAACUCACCACACAACUUGCUAUUGUUGAAGAAGAAACCACAACUCUCAGCGAACAGGUUCUGCAAGAUCAAGAAACGCACUAUGUGGAAACGGUAGAACAACUGAAGCAGAGCGUUCAGCAGCUAAUUGAGGACAACGAAUUUCUAUUUGAAGCGGUGCCUCCAAAGGUGGAGAUUGAUUUAGCAAGUAUCUCCAGACAUAUUGCGGAUCUUUCAAGAUUGGUAGAUAGCUUGAAAUCAACGCAUUUAGAGCAAGAAACACUUGACAACUUCUUGCGCUACACAAUCCCAUCUAACGACCUUUCCCACCUACUAGACUCCGAACAAGAUGAACGGUAUGUAUCAGCUUUGCACUCGGUAGCGGAAUUGAGAGACGGAGCGAUGGCGGAAUUGGAUAUCGGCGUAAAUCAGCUUAAGCACGAGAUUGGUCAGACGAGCCAAAAGAUCGCCGAUCAACGCGAAGUGGUGAAUGAGCUAUGUCUAAGUACCGGCGAUCUGGUUGAUCAAUGCCACACUUUGUUAGAGGAGCUCGAAAAGCCAAGUGAUCUUGCAGGUAUGGAUCUCGACAAUAAGAGCGAGUCCCUCACUCCAGAACCGUCGGCGGAAGAGACUCUCAAUGCUCUUCAAGCGUUGAAAGAGAAUGUGAAUCAGCGCUCUCACCUAAAGCAGCAUCUGGGCCAUCUGGAGCAGACAAAGUCAUUGCUAUCCUCGAUCGCCAAUUCAAAAGACGAUACAGAUCAAGAUGUCAGCCUCAAUUCCCUUAACGAGUACAACUCUUAUGAAGCUCUGAUACAGUUUUGGAAAAGCAAGUUCGUACACCGCGAAAUGCAAAACUUGGAGAUUUAUCCAAUGUCUAACAAGUUUCAGUUUACUUAUCGUAACGUCGAUUGUGUUAUCUCAAUGAGCGAUAUAGGAAUUUCGAAUGUUGAGCUUUACGGGACAGGUAUCCCAAUAGAAAAAAUUGAUGCUGCGCGCAAAGCUGUUAACCAGGAUUUAACCUCAUUUCCCCACCUUUCACGGCAAAUCAGUAAAGUUUUAAGUAUCAUAAAUGAAUAUGCCUCGAAUUUAUAA